GAGGCGCUCUCGUUCGUCGUCACCUCCGCACGUAGUGAACUGAAGUACGUCGGCAGUCACGUCACCAAGUGGUUCGACUUGGCGAGCGAUUGCGACAGCUCCAUGAGCCACGACGAGCAGAUCGAGCCGUUCUUGAAGCCAUGUGACAUGGAGUUCGAGGAUAGCGACAAGGAGAAGAUCGAGCCGUCCCCGACCGCCGCGCAGUUCGUAAUAGGCGGAGAGUACCUGGAGAAGUUCGAGCCGUCCUUGAAGCCAGCGGGGCUGGAAUAUAAAAAUAGGGACAAGGUGAAGCAGAUCGAGCCGUCUCCGAGCCAUGCGCAGCUCGGGGACAGCGAACUGUACCUGGAGAAGUUGCAGAAGGUCAAGCAGCUCAACCUGGACGCGCUCUACAAGGUUGCCGCCGCCCGCGAGCCGAGGGUUGCAGCCUGGCGCCUUCGCGAGGACGUCGUGAUGAGGGUGCUGCACGCCAACCCGUCGGAGGCAGGUGGUGUGGACAAGCUGGAGGACAUCCCGCCCUUCCCGAAGCUCGAGGCGCUCCCAGGAGCGAUGGUCGAGGAGGGCGUCGCAGAGGCCAAGUGCGUGAAGGGCCCAUGCGAGAUGCUCGUGGAAAGCCUUUCGAAGGAGGAGUUCGAGGAGCUGUGCCCGCAGGAGGGGAUCACGCUUGAGGACUUCAUCAGGUGGACGAGGAAGUUCGAGCGCAGCCAGAGCUCGGUCGACAAGCUCGUGAAGUAG